UGGGAGGGUUUAAUUCCAGUCAUCAGAUCUCUCCGGACUCAUUCCAGCAAGACAUAUUAUUUGCCAUGGCAUCUUCACUGAAGUGUCUGGUUGAUAAUGAUAGCAGGUACCAGAAAUGCUUCCAGCUUUUUCUGGAGCGCUCCUCUGAGCAUCAGUGUAUGCGGGACUUUAUCCACAAUAUGCUGCCAGAUAUACUGGGAAGCAUUGGAGAUGGAAAGUCCCAUUUAAAUGUCAUUGGAGUUGGAAGUGGAGCUGGUGAGAUUGACCUUGAGAUGCUCGCAAAGCUCCGUCUGAAGCACCCAAGGGUGACUGUGGAUAACGAGGUGGUGGAGCCUAGCAGCACUCAGCUUCAUAACUACAAAGUUUUGGUGUCACAGAAACCAGGUUUAGAUUACAUCAAAUUCACCUGGAACAAGAUGACUGCCACUGAGUUUGAGGAGCACUGGAGAGUGAAAAAGAUGACUAAGAAAGCUGACUUCAUUCACAUGAUACAGAUGCUGUACUAUGUGAAGGAUCCUGGAGCUACCAUCAGCUUCUUCCAAAGUCUCCUCGACAAGAAUGGGAAGCUUCUUAUCCUUCUAGUCUCUGGUGAGAGUGGUUGGGGAAAGCUGUGGCGGACCUACAGAAACCAGCUCUGUAACACAGAAAUAAGUCAGUGUGUGACCACUGGAGACAUUAAAAGCUUUCUGGACUCCAAAGGCGUGAGCUACCAGAGCUACGAGCUGCCAUCUGAAAUGGACAUCACCGAGUGUUUCACUGAGGGGGAUGAGAAGGGAGAGCUGUUGCUUGAUUUUCUCACUGAGGUGAUGGACUUCAGUAAGACUGCCUCACCUGAGCUGAAAGCUGGUGUCUUGGAGUUACUCCGGCACCCAGACUGUAGUGUGGAGUCCAACGGCAAAGUUAUCUUUAACAACAACCUCGGAGUGAUAAUCGUAGAUCAGCUUACUUAAAAAUGUUAAGCCUAUGUGGGAAAUGCUUUGUUUUUCAUGAGCAGUUCUGUUUUCUAAGAACUCUUUUUUUGUUGUUGUAUUAUGUCUUUGCUUUCGCAAAAGGAAAAUGGCUUGAUUGUGAUUUUUAUAUAUAUAUAAAAUCACAAUCAAGCCAUUUUCAUUUCAUUUUUUUUGUUUUUUUUUAAGUUUUAAAGUUUUAAUCCACUUAAGGCAGCAGUCUUAGAUUCCUCAUGAUAGCAUUCGUUUAUGUGCAACAGCUGGUAGUCUGUGCUUCCAGCCCCAUUACACUAUUGCUCCCAUUGGAUCAUAUUACUUAAAUGGAAAAUGUAACAGUUAAUUUUCCAUGAAUAUUGAGAUGUUACGUUCAGAUGACUCCCACUCCUGUGGGUGUCAAUGAGAGAACAAGCGAACACAAAUUAUAAACCAGGACCAGUUUAUGCUGGCUUUUCUAUUUUGUACAUAAACCGUUGUGUAAUUAACAUGUGACAAGGAAAUAUUUUUUAUAAUUAUUUAAAAGUUUAAUUUCCAUAUUCUUCAGUUGUUAAAAUGUCAAUGACAAGGACUUUAACAUUAGAGGAAUAAAAAUAUGGUGUAAACUGGAAGAUCACAAAAUGUAACCAAACAAUGGAGUUUAUGUAAUUGAUAUGCUUUAUUAAUCAAUGACUUUAGCUUACUUUUCAUUGAUUCUGGAUCUGUGGCUUAUAAUAAUAUUAAUAAUAAUGUAUAAUUUAUUAAAUGUAACUGUGAUACAUAUACUCAAGUUAAAUGUAGUUCAUCAGAAACAAUGUCUCACCAAUGGUAUGUACAUACUAAUCCAUGCAAUACGUUAAUUAGAUGAACACAGGCACAAUGGUAGCUGUUGGUCUCAUUAUUGAGACAAAAUAAUUAUCACUGAUAUAUGAAGUAUUGGCACCAUCUUGAGGGCAGUUUCAGUAAGUGUCUGUAAAAUACAAUGAUGGGCAAAUUAAAUAAAUAACUUAAAAUAGCAAUCUAAGCCUGUCAGAAGCAAAAACAGCACUUUAAGUGGACGUACAUUGGUAGUUGUUAUUACCCCAUUGGGUUACAUUACAGCCCAGUUUGUGGCUGCUGUUUACAGUGUUCUCCCUUAAUGCUGGACCAGUUUCAAAGAUAUUGUUCACAUCAGUCACUAGGUUGAAAAAUAAAGAAAUUCCCUUUUGGCUUUCAGCUUGCGGAUAGUGAGGAGAUGUUUGCUGUAUGUGACAAAAAAUGGUGUAGCCUAAAAAGGUGGGACAUCGCUUAAAGCACCUUUAACUUCCAAAUGACUUUAGUGAGCUCCACAGGUCCCCUAAAUCAGUUGGAAGUGUAUGACGAUAAGUUAAUAAAAGAUACAAGUUUUUUCAACAUGAAAAGGUUCAUAACAUGAUGGAGUCGUCAUGAAAACAACCAAAUACCCAUUAAUAACAUUUCAAAAUGUUCAAGAAAAUUAUAAAAAUAUACAGUGCAAAUUAUAUUAGCUUACCUGUGGAGUACAAUAAUUCUUAUGGAUUUGACAGACAAUGAAUAACAAAACAUUCCAAUUAAAAUUAUUCAAAAUAUUAAAAUGUACCCUUAAUGUUUUAAAUUAAAACGUAUCAUUUUGUAUACAAAACUUCUAAGUGGUGGAGGUGUGUAAAUUGUAGCACAAAAUACUGCAAGUUUUACUGUUUGACUUUAUGAAAAAAUAACCACUGGAAUAUGUCCACAAACCUGACAGCAUCUGCUCUGAUGUACAGUUCAUGUAUAAACAAGAUGUACAGAUUCAUCUUUCAGGAUUUACUCAACAAAAGCUCAUGUGAGGACAGUCAGCCUGUCUGUG